AAAUCAAGCUCGCUACUAACUAAUGUGUAACGACAACCAACCCAUUCUUCACCAUUUAGAGGGACCACUCCACAGAAAGUAAGCACCUAGUCAAGCGAGAGACUAGUAGAAUCGUCUUGAUUGGCCACAUCAGGUUAUUCGCCCUAGCAUAGGAGUGCUUGGAUUAAAUACGUCAUCUGUUGCUCGGAGUCCUCAUUAAUCACAAUGCAAAUUGGUAGCUCGAAACAACGACGAGUUAGUGGCCGGAAAACAAGAAGUGGGUGCUUAACUUGCAAAAUCCGACAUGUCAAAUGUGGCGAGGAGAAACCAGAGUGUAUUCAAUGCAGACGAACAGGGCGAAAAUGCGAUGGCUACGACAGCAAUAACAUUAAUGUGAUCAAACCCAUAAAUACCACAAACAUGAAUUUGGCUUCAGUUCUCAUCGACGGGAUUGGCCCAGACAAGGGUAGAGUGUUAUAUCCUGGGACAAGAGAAGAACGAAAAUAUGUCCACUUCUUUUGUACAAAAACGUCGCAGGCCAUGUCUGGAAUCUUUCCCACCAACUUUUGGUCAUUCCUUUUGCCGCAGCUCAGCCAGAACGUUCCUGUGAUAAGGCAUGCAGCCGUAGCGGUCGCUGCACGCCACGAACAUUAUCUCCACCCCGAAACGAUAUCGAAAGACAAGAGUGAGCAAUUUUCUCUACAACAAUACAACAAAGCCAUCAAGCACCUCAUGUGUGAUAUAUCAUCCCCCAAAAAGGGUCUCGAUAUUACUUUGAUUACAUGCUUCCUAUUUGUGGGUCUAGAAAUACUUGGUGGGAAUCAUCUCCAGGCACUGCAACACAUGCGGGCGGGAGUGCAAAUACUCUAUGAAAAAGGCUUGAAUACUACUUCAAUUCUUCCCAUAGAAAUAGAGAGAGAACUUUUUCAUUUCAUACUACGAAUGAAUAUCCAACUCUCGUUAUUUGGACAUCCACUCAUGCCAUUUAACCUAACCUCUGUAGAUGAAGAAUUAUCGUCUCAAGGAAAAGGAUUUUGGUCUGAUAUUUCUGGUGCUCGGCACUCACUGGACCGACUUAUGAACAAGGGAUUACACUUGAUUCGAGAUGCUGGACUGGAGAGAACUACAAAAUGCCAACUUUUCAGACCGCGCCAAGAAGAAAUCAUCCAACAACUCCAAGCUUGGGAAAAGACCUUUGAUAGGCUUAUGAAAAGCCCUCGAAAGUGUAUAUCAUCUCUUGAUCCUCGAAUACCACUAUUGCUUCGUAUAAAUCAUGGUAUCUCUUUAUUGUGGGUGAAAAACUGCCUGGCGACAACUGAGUUGACAUACGACAACCACCACCCGAGUUUUGAAGCAGUUGUAUGUUAUGCGGAAGAUUGGAUUCGGGUUGCAAAAGACUUCCAGGAAAAAGCGACGGGCGAAAAUCCAGAAAGUUUUACACUCGAGGCUGGAAUUAUCCCUAUGUUAUACUGGACUGCAUCUAAAUGCCGCCAUCCAAUAAUUAGACGAAGGGCCAUUCAAGUUCUACGUGCUCACCCGGCAAAAGAAGGCCUUUGGAAUACGGCUCUAAUGGUUGGGGUCGCUGAUAUGAUUGUGAAGUUUGAAGAAAUGAAUAUGGAAUAUUUACCAAUUGAACAAAGAAUACCGGCCGAUAAAGCCCGUGUAUACGAGACCCUCAUGCGAAGAGGAGAUGAAACCGAUCCUUCCCGCCCCUGUUAUGUGAGAUUGUGGUAUAAGCCAGAUGGGCCCAACGGACCAUGGGAUUUUCAAGUUAAAUAUGUCUACUAGAUUGUAGAAUAAUAUGAAUAGCUCCAGUUUUCUCGGCAUUUGACUAACUUUGGCAUGACUAUUUCAUUCUCAUGUGUCCAAUGUGUCUGGCAGGGUGACUGAUAAUUUCC